AAAAUGUGUGAUAUCCUAGCGGCAAUAUCCUACAGUUAUGGUUACAAUGAGCGUCCUAGGAAGCGUGUAAAGAUAAAUAUGACUAUCCCAUCAAGACCGGCACCGCCUCCUCCUCAGCGUAAUACGAAUGCUCCCUUGCGCUACACCCCAACGACAGAUUGGGACUUUUGUGCUUUUGAUUCCAGCAACACAUCUACCAGCCAGCCCAUCGUCACCAGCAAUGGCGAAUGCUUUCCACCAACACAGCAGAAUGUAAAAGCAAAAAAACCACCUCCACCUAGGCCUCCGCCACCAAAACUACCGGCCGCCCCAACCGCCCCGCUCAAGAAACCUAAUCAACCGCAAUCGAUAAAUAUUUUGUCCAGCCUAUUUGGCCAUAAGCGAGGUUCAAAUGGAGUGGCGACUGCAGGCAAAUCGACUGCUAGUGGUAGUACUGUGGCGCAUCGAAAACAAAGCAUUAAUUUAAAACUCCCGCCUCCACCGACGGGUUCAGGUUCUUCGACAAGACAUAUUUCUAAUCACACAGUUUUAGCCGAAAGUGUGCAGCACAGCAGUACAAACUAUGGAUCAUUCAUACAACAAUCGGCUAGGAGUGCCGGCACAGGAGCUGCUGCAUCAACAAAUGCCGAUAUGCAACUGAUAAGCUUCGAUUCGCCACCCAGUUCGCCGACAUUCACACAAAAGUCUUGCAGCGAUUGCAUUAGCGUGGAUAGUUUCAGCUCGGACUCGAACUACUCAUCGCCCAACAAUGGCAACAUGUCACAGGCCGAGAGUGGUUUCGAGGAUGAUUUUGUCGCCUGUGCCAGCAACAACAGCAACCGUCACAACCGGGCCGGUUCGAGCGUACCGUGGGGAGAUCUGGAUCCGUUUGAUGGUGGGGCAAUAACGAGCGCCACUACAGGGCCGGUUAUUUAUGGAACGAUUCCGCUGACAUCGUCCGCAACAGCUCAGAUUCGUACUCCACUGAUAAACAGCAAACUGCAGCAAUCGGAUUUCGUCGAUCCUCUGUGCAAUGGACAGAGCGUUCUGCCGAAGCUGCCAACUAUGUCAAUGCCGACGAUAAUAAAACCUCCAAGCAACCCAGAUAGCCAAAAGUCCACUCCGUCGCAUUCGUUCUCAAUGCGUAACAAGACUUUGGCCCCAGCAGUAAAGUCAAUGCCUCCAAAGGAAUCUUCUUCCCUGUAUGCAGGACUGGAGGACGAUUUCUCUAUUGAUACGCUAACAUCCUAUCCACCAAUGCCGAGUGUGCCUCCUCCACCACCGCCAUCCACAGACUUGGAGACGUAUGGGGAAGAGCCGUACGGCAUUGCAUUGUACGACUUCCAGAGUGAGACGGAUGAGGAUUUAUGUUUUAAGACGAACGACAAGAUUUAUCUGCUGAAGCGACUGAACGACGAAUGGUAUAUGGGUCGCGACAAACGUGGCCUUGAAGGAAUGUUUCCCGUAAACUACGUCGAGGUGAAGGUACCGCUAUUAGCAGGUUGUUCGCAAGAGAAACAACCACCGCAGCAGCACAGUGUGGCGUUACCAUUGACAACAAAAACGGUGCGUGCUGGUAGCGGCGAUGGUGGUGUGAUAGUCCGGGCGCUGUAUAAUUUUAAAGCGGAAGCACCGGAAGAUCUUAGCAUGAUGGAGAACGACUUAGUUGCGGUACUGUAUCAAAUUACUCCAGAUUGGCUUUACGGGGAGAUCGACGGCCGGAGAGGUCAAUUUCCUGCAAACUUUUUAGAGUAUGUGCCACAAAAAUUACCGCAAAUGCCUACCGCCAGCAGUGGCAGCUAAGCACCAAAUCCAAAAAUGGAAGAAUGUGUCGAAUCUCGAGUAUUUACAUAUCCUGUAGGAAAGCUUGCCUUAG